AUGAGAAAGAACAAGGCUGAGCUACCACCAAGCUUUUCAACAGCAAAGGGCAGAAAUGUGUCUUCUUCAAUCUACGGAUACUCUGGUUCUGUAACAAUACUUUCACACGUCCCCAAAAAGAACAAGGUUGUCAACCUGAUAUCGACAAUGCACCAUGGAGAAUGUAUGGUGGAAAAUAAGCCUGAAAUAAUCCAUGACUACAAUAAAACAAAAGGUGGAGUUGACGCACUUGACGAAAAGACGCAUAAUUACACGACUUCUAGAAGAACAAGGCGGUGGCCUAUGGCAGUCUUCUACACUAUGCUAGAUAUAGCAGGUGUAAAUGCUUUUGUUUUGUACCAUGGGAAAGAAGAUACUGAUGAUGUGACACGCAGAGAAUUCCUCAUUGAACUAGAUUUCGAGUUGCAUGCUGAUUACAUAUCCAGUCUAGCACCCAUCGCCUUCUAA